AUGCCUCCAAAAAAAGCAAAGAAAGUAGACCCAGAAGUAUUAUAAUAAUAAUUUGAUUAAUGGAAAUCUUCUCCUGAAUAUGAAUAAAUUAAAAAAAUGGCCUUAAUACUUGAAGAAUAAAAUAUUACAGAAACAACAAAAGAUUUUACGGGUGAAUGGUACCCUUAUCUUAAUUAAUUAUAUGAUUUUUUUAAGUUUUAUAAAAUUAAAACAGGGAAAUUAAAAGAGUUUAAGCAUGAAUAAAUAAGAAGUACUUUUUUCGCUUAAAAAGACGAAGAAAACAUAAAAUAUUAAGUUGAUGGAAUUUAUUGUGGUGUAGCAAGGGAACACUAAGAUAAUAGUUAUCAUUGUAGACAUAAAUUUGUAAAAAUCAUGAAUUAUAUUAAAGAAUUAGAUGAUCUAAAUCCUGAGACUUUAUAACCUUAAAAAAAGUUAGUGAUUGGAUUCAUGAAAGAAUUUAUUUCAUUUUUUUAAAAACAUAUUAAAAAUGACCAUGAUUUAAUAUAUAAUAAGUAGUUGGCUAUGACGCUUUAACCACUAACAAAUUUGAUUGAUAUAAAUAAUUAGUAUAAGAAGUUUAAUAUUACUUUUGUUCCAAUAGUAGAAAAAGUAGUCAGAAAUUUUAUGAGCAAAGUUAUAAUAGAUAAAUAUAUAGAUUACUUAUAAGAAAUUUUUCGUAUAUUAUGGGAAGAAUAUCAAUAACCUAUAAUUCCUAUUUUACCUGAUUGCCAUAGACUAUUUUAUAAAUUAUAACUUCAAUAUGAUAAGGAAAAAAACAAAAUAGAAAGCCUUUAUUUAAAUCCUUUACAUUCAUGCUUUAAUGAAAUGUCUAAAACACUUUUAAAUUUACAAGUUUAUGGUAUUAACUAUUGGAAAACUCCUUUAAAUUAAAACACUAAAUUAAUAGAUGAUAUUUAAAACUUAAUCAAUGCUGAUAUUAUUGCUGAAAAAUUACUUGGAAAUCCUUUAAAAAGAGAUUAACUUAAUUUUGUUUAUCAAGUAGUAGGAUUAAUAGCUGAAAGUGAUGAAAAAAUAAAAGAAAAUUUACUUAAUAGAGAUGAGAAUAUAACCAGUAAAGCCAUCCCACUUCUUAUUAUCUUCAAGUAAAUUUAAAGGAUGCUAAAGUGGAAAUUAGCUAAAAAAGAAAGGGAGGAAUAAAUGAGAGUUCAAAGCGAAAAAUUACAAAUUUUAACUUAAUUAAAGAAUGAAGAAUCAUUAAAAUCUCCUUUAAAAAUAAGAGAAGAAGAGAAAAAAAUAUGGAUGGAAUAAUAAGCUUUAUUAUUAGAAUAAUAGAAAAAAUUAGAAGCUUCUUUACCACCUGCUAAAAAUGCAAAAGGAUCAAAAGGAUAGAAAGGAUCAAAAAGAGAUGAAGCAAUUUAUGGUAGAUAUUUUAUUUUAGAAAAUUUGAUGGAUGAAAAAGACAGAGAAGAAUUUGAAUAAUCUGUAGAAAUGCUUAGACAUGUAAAUGAAGCUGUUUAACAGGAUAUGCAAGAUUUUUAUAUACAGAUUAACAACUAAGCAUUAAAAAAGAAAUUAAAAAAAAAUAAAAAUCAAGUAUCAUAUUUCCUUGAAUUAAGCGAAAAAUAAAACGCUGAUAUAAUGAUGAAUGUAGUACGUCCUCCUGAAAUGUGGAAUUAUCCAAAAAUAAUUGAAGAAAAUCAUAGAUUUAGAUGUAUUGCUAAACCUAGUAAAUGCUAUGAAGAUCAUAGAAUCGACGAUAUUGAUAGAAAAAUUAAUAACUUAGCUGAAAAAUUAUAUGGUUAUAGAAGAUUUACUUGGAAAGAAAUUGUUGAAAGAGUUAUUGAUGUUUAUGCGAAUAAAUAUAAUGAAAAACCGACAGUAAUUGAUCCUAAAGAAGAUCCUAAUUGGAUAUAACCUGACCCUUCUCCUCAUGAAAUUUAGGUCUAAAGAAAUAGAGAAAUUAAAGCUUAAUAACUAUAAGCUACUUAGGCUCUUAUAGAAGCUGCUAAAACGUCUAGUUAAACUUUUUAAUAAGAAGAAAAUAAAGAAAAAGCUUAAGAAGCGAAAUGA